AUGCAAAUGGAAGUAUCAGCCAUGGAUUCUGCUACGACAAUUGAUCAAGUACCACAAAUCGAGGGUCACUGGACAUCCCAAGAGUGUGAAAUAAGGCCCGGACCAGAAUUUCUAUUGCGAAAUUAUAUUUUUUGGAAAAAUAAUACCUUUCGAUUACUCCAGCAUUAUUACGAAGAUGAAUCCUGUAUGAUACCAUUGUAUACAGUAAUCGCAAAAGGGGUUUUAACACCAAAAGAAUCCUCUUGGGUGAUACCGAGUGGUAUCGAUUAUGAUUAUUCACUAACAAAAGUCACUGUUAUACCACAUACAACUCAGGCGUCAGAAAAGUUAUCGAUUGAAAAAAAACACAAGUGUUCUCACUCGGGAAUUAAAAAAUCAUAUUUAAAUACACCAUGGAAACCUCAUUUAGAAUAUACACUUUAUAAUAAACACGAAGAAGAAUCUAAGAGCAGUCAUCAUCAUCAUCAUCAUCAUAAAAAAAAAUCUGUUAGAUUUAAAAGGAAAAAAGGUCACAAAUCAUUUAGUAGUUGUUUAUCAGCCAUGGGUUUUCAUUUUAACGAAUUAAUGCUUAUAAGAAGUCAAUGGGCAAGUGUUGAAGGAAAUAAAAGAAACAGAGAACUCCUCCUUGGUGAUAUACAUUCAAGAAAACAACAAGAUUAUAAACCAACAGCUUUUCAAGUUCCACUCCUUGAUUUAGAAAAUGCCAACGAUUGUGUUAAUUGUCAAAUAAUAGCAGAAGGAACGGAAAGAACUCCUCCUAUGCUACCAUCAAAACCUCACCUUUUACCAUUACCUCAUGGACAAUGGGUCAGUCGAAGAUGUGAAGUUAGACCCAUGGGAAUGUUUCUUGCAAGAAGAUUAAGUUUCGAUUCACGUGAUAGAACUUGGAUGUCCGAAUAUAAAUAUUUUUCAGAUCCAUUUUGUACGGAAUCUGUUUUUGCCGUUUAUUCUUCAGGAAGAUAUAAAAUAGGACCAACUCAUGGAAAGGAUAAAGCUUUAAAAAGAAAAAAAACUGGUACAAAUCUUGAUUUAAGAAUUGAAGAAGCUUCAUUGACAUUAUAUGAUCCAACAUUAAGAGAUACAUUUAAUGCUGAAGAAGAUUGUGGCAUUGGUUUGUGGAAUGUUGGAGUUGCCAAAGACCUUUCACCAACUUAUGGUUGUUCCAUACUUGGUAUUAGUCUACCAAGUACCGAAUAUGAUUUAAUUAAACUAGAAAUUGAUGGAAAAGGUACUCCAUUAUUGUAUUUGGGAUUUCAAGACACUGACGGAAAGAAAAGAAAUCAUAAUGAAAGACCAACAUCAUAUCAAGCUCCAUUAGCUCAAUGCAGCGUUUUUCCACAGCAAAAUAUAUUCAAUAAUAAUUUAGAAUCAUAUCCAAAUUCAGAAAUAUCAUCAAUUUCUUCUGCUUCUUUCUUCUCUUAUAAUUUGAUCACAUUAGUUUUGUUUUCUUAUUUCAAUUUGAUAUCUUUGUAA